CACGGUUGCAUUCCUUUUUCACUUUUCCCGGAUAUACGACGGCGUAUAAUAUUAACGCGCUAAAAAUUUAUAGAUCCAAAUUCGUAGGGAAACCAUUAACCCAAUGGCACGAAUACGAAUACCGACCCGAAAAACUGGAUUCUUGUCAAUCCCCAAUCUCCUCCAUUUCCAUUACCAGAGCUCUAAGCCUACUAAAACCCUAACCAUGGCAGUAUCCCAGUCCGAUUCCAAGAGACCCACCUGCCCGUCUUGCUCUAAACCAUCACGUCUCUGCCUCUGUACUCGGAUCCAGAAUCCGGGUCUUGAGAACAAGGUGAGUAUAACCAUACUUCAACACAGUUUAGAGAAAAAGCACCCUCUUAAUUCUGCUAGGAUUGCGAAACUUGGACUUACAAAUGUUGAUGUAGUCACUGUGUCUGAUGUUAAUUUCAGUGCCCAGUUUUUUAUUCGUUUGCUGGAAUCAGGUUCGGGUUUAAAUGGAUUGGAAAGUUUGGACUUUUACAGUAAAGAAAGUCAGAAAAAAAAACUGGAUGAUAUGGGAUCAAUUAAAGAUUCAGGUAAUUUAUUGGAGGACUGUGACUUAGUUUUGGGUACCCAGAAUGAGUCAAGAAUUAAUAAAUGCAUCAGUGUGAAGAACUUUGGUUCAAUUUGUUUUACUAUUAGCAAAUAUGGAGUGAUUAGUCAUGUUGAUACUAUAUGGAAGUAUCAAAUUCAACCACAAGAAAGGCUAAAUCUUGGUCAGAUUUUGACUUGUAAAGUAGCUGUUGAUGCUAUAGCAAAAGGGUUCCUUGUAAAGAAGCUGCAGAGAAGGCAGUUAAGUAGCAGCAUAAAUUUGGAGGAAUAUGAAGAGUUUGAACUUAUGGUACCUCCUGGAUCAGCACUUCUAUUUCCAAGUGAUACAGCAGUUGGUGUUGAUGAACUCAAAGAAAUGAAUUUUGGGGUCAAGAAUUUGAUUGUUCUAGAUGGGACAUGGGCAAAGGCUAAGAGGAUGUAUAAAGAGAAUCCAUGGUUGAGGUUUUUGCCUCAUUUGAAGUUGGAUUUGGAUAAACUGAGCUUGUAUAAUGAGGUCAGGCAUCAACCAAAUGCUGGUUGCUUGUCAACCAUUGAAAGUAUUGUUUAUGCAUUGAAGGCAGUAGGGGAUAAUUCAGAAGGUUUGGAUAGUCUUUUGGAUGUUUUUGAGUCCAUGGUUGGUGAUCAAAGAAGGUGUAAGAAUGAGAGGCUGAGCAAAGUCUCCCCAACAUGAAGUUCCAAUACGAUUUUGACACAAGAUUUUAAUUUAUGAUAUUAAUUUCAAAGACAAUAAUCAUAUUUGGGGAUUUGAAACAUGGAAGCACUCUUCUUGUAUCCGCUCUAUUCAUCUUUGUGCUCAAUUUAUCACUUUUACCCACAAGUUAAAUGGGGUUCUAUAUCUUGAAUUUUCAUUCUGUUGAUGUACAAUUUAAAAAGAUAUCAACUUUCUCUUCCAAAAUGCUAUUCUAUUAAAUUACUAUUUUGCCCUUACUCAUUA